AUGCUUUCUCCUCCAGCCGCUGUAAAAUACGUGUCAUUUUCCUGGGCGGUUUUUUACGUCCUUGCAGUUCUCUUCGGUGCCCCAUUUUUCUCUGAUUUCAUCGCUACAGCUGUGCUUGCCGCAACUCUCACUCUCGUUUCUGCUGCUCCAGCUGUUCUACUCUUUGAUUCCGAAGAACAACUUCUGGAGCUCCUCGUAUCAUCCUUUUCCUGUGAAAAUAUCAAAACCAACAAAGAGUCGAUCUAUCUGUCUACAUCGACCUUCGCUGUUCUCGGCGCCUGGGCAGCCGCUGCUGUUCAUCCCUUAGACUGGGAUCGUUGGUGGCAGCGAUACCCACUGCCUUCUCUUAUCGGCUGCGUCUGUGGAGCUCUUCUUGGACUUCUUGUUGGCAUUGUUCGAGUGUAUAUUGGAAAACGCAUCUCUCAUAACAAGGCAAAAAAACGUCCGUUUGCCACUGGUGACUCUAGCGGGGGUCGCUUUGGACACUACACAUUUGACGACGCCCCCAAACUUCUGGGUAUUCUUCUUGCUGAAUUCGAUAACACCGAAGGCCCGAUCAUCAAACACUCCGUUCCAAGAGGAAACAUAAAUGUUGAAGCAACAUUCUCAUUCACGAAAGAUCACACCAGCUAUGAACGUGGCCGCUUCACAUUCGAUAUGGCUUUAAUUGUCGACAUGACGUCUUCAGCCGAAACAAUGUAUGAACCGAUUGUUCAAAAAUGUGCCGAGUACUUGAUUGAAUUAGAGAUGGAGUACAACUUUCUCACUAAUUCAAAGUAUCAAAAACAAGUACUGGAGAUGAUGGAAAAGAUGUUCAUAGAGCUUUCUUCUAAAGGAGAAAGUGUGAUUGAAAUUACUCUUGAAGACGAUAAAAUUGUGUCGCUAUACUUCAAACUUUGUCCGUUAUAUCGUGGAUGUGAGCCUCCAGAAAUUGAUUAUCAUAUGGUUCCAAUGUUUAUAAGAGAGGUGGACCUCACAGAUAGACUAAUAGAAAAAAUGGAUGUGCUUUCCCAAAAAAUUAUUCCCCAAAUUGAUGGGAUCAACACAGUACGCGAAAUUGCGAUCAGUCUGGAACUGGACCCUUCACUCGUUGCCAGAUGUGUUCGGAAUCUUCAUUUCUAUGAAUGCGUCAGUCUUGUACCGAUGUUCCUCUACUAUAACACCUAUGUUGCCACUGAAAGAGUUCAUGACUUCUACAAAAAUCAAAAAGAAAUCAACGAGUGCCUCGAUUUCGUCAAAAUUCAAUCGAUAACUACUGAGGAUGGAUCUGAAAUUCCUAUGCCAACACCAGAGUUUUCUGAUGUAUUCAGACUUUAUCUUAGCAUGAAAGUGUGCGGAAAGAAUAUCGGGGAUUGGACUGACAUAGAAAACCCGCGCUCAAUGGGGAUUGAUGAACAUCGACUGGUUCAGUUCGGCAUGCAUCACCAAUUUCUUCGUAAACUUUCUGUAUACCCUAUCUGCACUGUGAACCCUGGCAAUAAUUCAAUCUUGAAAGCCUGUAAUGGUAAAACUUCACUUGACGAGUUAUCCUUGCGACAUAACGUGGAACCACGGACAAUGUUUGAAAUCCUGUCCGAAACGGAAAAGUUCGAGUUCGUGAUGAAGUGA